CGGAAGGAAUAGAAGCGUUUUGUAUUUAAGAGCAACAGUCAGUCUCGGUGAGCGGGAAACAUUCUGAUCUGUGUAGCCGUGAGAGAAUAUGAUAGACAAAGCUUUACAAUACUGAGUGGUGAUAUCAAAAUUAAGUUGAUCUUAAAUAUUCGAAUAAACUAGAGAUAUAAUCGGUACAGUUAAUCUAUUUGAGGUUAAUGUCGUAUGAUACACAUAUUUGUAUUUUUCUAGUUGUGUACACGUAAAGAAUAACGUUGACUGAAUAAAUACAUACAGGAAUAACGAUUUGGAUAUUUCGACAUCUCGUAGGUAACUAAGACAUAACUAAAUAUUUAGCGGACGUUCCGAGCGGCAUACACUCAGACAUUUGUUUUUACUACAGAUUAAACAUGGCUUUAAAAAUUGACAAGGAAGCGCUUGCUGCAGCAAGAGAAAAUUGUUUUGACAGAAUUGCAAACUUUGAGCCAAAACCUGGUUAUUGCAAUUUAACAUGGGAUGAGAUGUUAUGUUGGGACGCUGCUGUUGCCGGAAGUGUUGCCAAGCAGACAUGUCCGCCUUACGUUGAAGAUAUAAGUAGAACAGGUCUUGCUUUCCGUGACUGUGGUGAGGACGGUAUUUGGAUGCAUCCUGACCCUGAAACAAACAUUACGACAGGUUGGACAAAUUACACCGAUUGCUUCAAGGAAGAUCCAGCAUUUGCUUCUAUCAAGCAUGAUCUGACAAGAAUAGAAUUGAUGUCAAAUAUUGGAUACGGUAUAUCUCUUGUAUCCCUGGUGAUAGCCGUGCUUAUUAUGUGUCUAUCCAGGAGACUACAUUGCAAGAGCAAUAGCCUCCAUAUCAACCUAUUUAUAGCAUUCAUCAUCAGGGCUGUUGUGUCCUUACUGAAAGAUGUUCUGUUUGUUGCGGGGCUUGGCUUACAGAAAGAUGUCAUAAAAGUUUCACAUGACAAAUGGGUGUUUAGUGAAGAGGGUUUGCAUUGGGAAUGUAAACUGAUUGUAGCUGUAUUUAUGUACGCUGUAGCGGCCAGUAUGAUGUGGAUAUUUAUGGAAGGUCUUUACCUCCACAUGCUUGUAUACAAAACAUUAUUUACGGAGCGUACCGGUAUACGAAUGUACGUUGUGAUAGGCUGGCUUUCGCCAUUCUUGUACAUUAUCCCUUGGAUAUUCGUUCGAGUGUUCGUUGACAAUACACUGUGCUGGAACACAGAUGACUUGGGAUACAUAUGGAUCAUUAGAAGUCCAAUCAUUUUAACAAUAAUAGUACGAUUUUUAGACUGGCUAGAUAUGAUCCGGGAAGGGAGCUGGGCAAGCCUCGAUCCUUCCAGGACCAUAUUUAGCCUCGUCUGA